AUGACCGUACAGUUAUCAGUUACGAACGGCCAUUCAUCUGAGACAUCAAAGGUCGAGACUGAAAGUGAAAGUGACAGACCUAGAAAGGUGGAAGUGGAGAGACAGAAUGACUCAGACGGUGUUCAGAAAACUGCUUUAAAAGAUGAGGUCAACCAAGUGCAUGUGGCGCUGCAUAUGAGAAGCCAUCAUACUCCGGAAAAAAAAGACUCGAGUCUACUAGAAGAUAAAAAAUUUAAGCCUACAGGUCUGGCUGAUACACCUCAAGCUGAAGUCUCUAAAAAGAAAAGCGGUUCGGAGGCGGAUGCAUCCUCUGACACAAAGAAAAAUGAAGAUGAAUACGAUCCUCUGGAUGUAUUCAUGGCGCAAAUAGAUGGCGAGGUCAAUAAGUUAAAGCAGGAAAGUAUUGACAAAGCAAGAAUAGAGAUGAUUUCAUCAAGUUUGAAUGACGCCUCUUCUGCUUCGAAUAAAAAUGCACAGGUUGAUACGGACUUAGAAGAAGAAGAGGAGACUUUUGACGAGGCCCAAGACAACGAUGACAUCCAAAAGCUGACAAAAAUUUCGACAAAAAAAAUGCUUGAGCCUGUAGAUCAUAGCAAGAUUAAUUAUGCAGAAUUUAGAAAGGCAUUUUACGUUGAAGUUCCAGAGAUAGCCAGUAUGACGAAUGAAGAAGUGCAGCUUUAUCAGGAGCAAUUAGAAGGGAUAAGAAUUCGAGGGCGAGCAUGUCCGAGACCUAUUAAAACCUUUGCUCAGGCUGGUCUUGCUACCAAGUUACUAGACCGUUUAAAAAAAUUCAAAUAUGAAAAACCAACACCGAUUCAAGCCCAGGCCUUGCCGGCUAUCAUGAGCGGACGGGACGUCAUAGGAAUAGCGAAAACAGGCUCGGGAAAGACCCUCGCAUUUUUACUUCCGAUGUUUCGUCAUAUUCUAGAUCAGCCAGACCUUCAGCCAGGGGAUGGUCCCAUAGGGCUGAUCAUUGCUCCAACGAGGGAGCUGGCGACUCAAAUAAAUACGGAUAUUAGGGAGUUUCAGAGCGCGACGGGAAUAACGAGUUGCUGCGCUUACGGGGGAGCCGGAAUUGGACAACAAAUCAGUGACCUCAAAAGAGGGGUGCACGUCGUAGUCUGCACUCCAGGUCGAAUGAUUGAGCUUUUAUGUACAAAUAAGGGACGAGUGACAAAUCUGCAUCGCGUGACAUAUUUAGUAUUAGAUGAAGCUGACAGAAUGUUCGACCUUGGCUUUGAGCAGCAGAUUUUGCGAAUUGUAAACAACAUUCGACCCGACCGACAAACAGUGGUUUUCUCAGCGACGUUUCCUCGUCAGGUGGAGGUCGCGGCGAGGCGAAUUCUUACAAACCCGCUAGAGAUCACCGUUUAUGGACGAAAUACUGUUUCUAAUACAAUAGAACAGAUUAUAGAAGUCAGAGAGCACAGCGCCAAGUUCAGAAGACUUAUGGAUCUCAUCAGUGAUUGGUAUGACAAGGGCAGUAUACUCAUAUUUGCGGAUAGACAGGAAUCGGUCGAUGCGCUCUUUCACAACUUGAUCAAAUCCGGGUACAAUUGUAUGUCUUUUCACAGCGGCAAAGAACAAAUGGAUCGAGAUGAAGCUAUUCAGGCGUUCAAAAAUGGGACGAUCAAAAUUCUCAUCGCGACAUCCGCUGCUUCGAGAGGUCUGGACGUUCCUAAUCUCCGCUUGGUUAUAAACUAUGAUGUACCCAAUCACUUGGAGGAUUACGUUCAUCGAGUAGGACGCACAGGAAGGGCCGGUAAGCCAGGAACGGCGGUUACGUUCAUUGACCCCGUUGCAGAGGAGCAAUAUGCGGGGGACCUUGUUCGAGCUUUGAAAGAUGCGAACAAUCCAAUUCCACCAGAGCUGGAUCAACUGGCCAAGAAUUUUGAAGAAAAGAUGAAAAAAGGGCUAGCCAAGAGACAUCGAUCAGGAUUCGACACAGGAAAAGGGUUCUCGUUUACUGAAGAAGAGGACAAGCUGCGCAAAGCAGCUCAAUAUACGUCUCAGAAGCACUUUGCUAGCGAGCUUGCCGAAGAUUUGGUUGACACGGACAACGAGGAGGAAGGAGAAGAUGAAGACGGUGUGAAAAUGACAACUAAGAAAGAAGAGGACAAAAAGAGAUUCUCGUCUCCAGGCCAAGCAAUGCCUGGAGGUGUGGGUAGCGGCGGUCACAAGGCAAGCUACGGUAGUGGACAAGGGCAUGCCUCUUCCGGUCAGGCAUACGGCGGAACUGCCGAAGCCGAGAAUAUGAUGCCCGGUUUACGUGCGGCAUCUGCAAAGGUUAAACAAUUACUGGCGUCGAAAAGUGCAUUGGGGAGUUUGGAGGCCGACGGCCAAAGGUUUUCCAAACCAAUCGAAGUUCAUUACGACACGGAGAUUGACAUUAAUGAUUUUCCUCAAAAUGUAAGGUGGAAGGUCACCCACAAAGACGCAUUGGCGGAUAUUAUAGAGUUCACUGGCUGUGCCAUCACAGCGAAGGGAAUAUUCGUCGAGCCGGGAAAGCCAGUUCCGCCAAAUGAACGAAAGCUCUACCUUUCGAUCGAGGGACCGACCCAAGAGGAUGUGAACAAUGCAAGGGCAGAAAUCAAAAGAAUAUUGGAGGAGUCUAUGUCGUCCGUUGCUAUGAGGGGUGAAAGGCCGAUUGGCAGAUAUUCAGUAUUAGAAAAUUGAGGUACAUUGUGGAAUAACGUUUGCAGAGAGGGCAUAGAGACGUGAAAACACGAGGCGAGCAUUUGCAGCAAGGAGGAACCAUCAGUUGCCCAUUCUCACGACAGUUCAGAAAAAUUAGGACGGU